AUGAAGAUAACAGACUUGCAGAACGAGGUAAACCACCUUCUGUUUCUUUACUUCACAUCGAUAGGCGUUAUCCAGAGGGAUGCAGGACUAAGUGAUGUUUAUGACAAAAUGGAGGAGCUGAAGAGAGAGAUUGAUGACUGCAGAAAGAGGAUUAUCCGACUUGUAGACUCGGAGGAGGCAGAUGUGGAGCUAUGCAGCGAUUAUAGAGAGAUAAUUGCCGAAGGUAAGGAGUUUGUAAAGGAUGGACUGAGCUUUCUUGACAAACUCUUGAGGAAGGACUAUGGCUCAGGUAGCUGUUAA